AUGGCCACCGACUCGAAUGUCACGGUCCAGCAGCGCGUCGUCAUAGCGGCGGAUACGGUAGUGAGUGGUCAUGUUGUGAUCAAGUCGGGCACGGUCGUUCAUCCGCAUGCUACGUUAGACGCGUCGCGCGGCCCCAUGGUAGUGGGUGAGAAUUGCAUCGUGGAGGAACACGUCCACCUAGUCAGCCCGCCGCAGGGCAUGACAGUGGGCGACGGCAAUGUCUUUCGCAUAGGAUGCCAUGUAUCUGCGCCUGAUAUUGGCAACUGUAAUGUGUUUGAGCCCGCGUCCCGCAUAGCCACGUCCAUUACCAACUUUUGCGUGGUAGGCGCAGGAUGCACGGCCGAUGGGCCUGCGCUGCCGGAACGCACGGUCGUGUAUGGCGCGGCGUCCGAACAUCGCACGUGGAGUGGCGACGGGAUUGGACAGCAGCUCGCCUUGCACGCGAAGCACCUCGUCUACCUACGUGAUCAGAUAUCCAAGUCGCAUAAACUUCGUGUCAUUCGGUAA